UGCGUCGUCAUCCGACACGGGCCAGGGUCAGUGCGGUAUAUAAAGUUCGAAUUGACCCGCAGCUUCCCAACGCACUCACAUCUUUCCCAUUCGCGACAACUUCUCUCAACCACACAUCUCUAUCAGACUCCCUUACAACAUGGGCAUUCUGAGCCGCUCAGUCCUCCGCGGCGUUGCUGUUGGUAUCGUCACGCAGUCCGUGUUGGCGGGACCGUAUAGUAUCGCGCAGACCAACAUCGGCUCUGAUUUCUUCAACAACUUCCAAUGGGAGAACAUCUCCGACCCGACUAACGGUCGAGUUGAAUAUGUGACGCAGGCAACGGCGCAGGCGGAGAACCUCACUUAUGCCACGUCUGAUACGUUCGUUUUGCGAGCCGACUCUACGACCACCCUCUCCGCAGAUGGUCCCGGCAGGAAGAGCAACCGCAUUAAGAGCAACGCGCAGUACAACACGCACGUCACUGUUUUCGACAUUCUCCAUAUGCCCCAAGGCUGCGGAACGUGGCCAGCGUUGUGGGAGGCAGACGACAGCGUCGGCACAUCCGCUGGGGAGAUCGACAUUCUCGAGGGAGUGGACGAUAUCGCACCCAACAGUGUCACGCUACACACGUCGGGCAACUGUACUAUGCCGAGCAACCGCACAAUGCUAGGAACGUCGCUAUCGGACGAUUGCAGUUCCAGUGCGGAUAUCGGAAACGGCAACAAUGGCUGUUCGGUGGAUGCUCCGUACACGUCGUCCUACGGGCCCGUGUUCAAUUCCAACGGAGGAGGCUACUACGCCCUGGAGCGGACCUCGGAGUACAUUCGAGUGUGGUUCUGGGCGCGCAAUCAGGAUGGUAUUCCAUCGGAUAUCUCUGGUGGCGCGAGCAGCAUCGACACCGACGAUUGGGGAACACCGAUUGCAGACUUCCCGGAUGACGAUUGCGCUAUCAAUGAGGUGUUCGGCAACAACAAUAUCAUUGUCGACCUCACCUUCUGCGGCGGCUGGGCUGGUGACGACUUCAGUGGUGCCGGUUGCGGCUCGAACUGCACCCAAUACGUAAACGAGAAUCCAUCAGCGUUCGAGAACGCAUAUUGGGAGUUUGCCGCUGUGCGCGUAUACAGUCCGUCGAGCUCGUCUAACACGUCGGCCACCACCAACGCAGCAUUGUCUGCGAAUGUGCGGGCGAGCUCAUCGACGUUAUCGGCGUCACUGGGUUACAUGAUGGACAUCUUCACGUCGCCCACCUUGAUCGCCCUCGCAGUUGUGGGUGGUGCUUGGGGUCUAGCAUAAAGAGUUGGAUGACGGGCAAAGAAUGGUUGAUCUUACGCACGGACAGUCUAAUAUACGCAUGGACAAAGUCCCGAAUACUAGCGGUCAGCAGCAUGUAUCGCAUACUUUGUAUCGCAAUUGCACUACAUUUUACUCUUUGUGAAUCA